UGAUCUCAUCUCUCCAAACUAGAAGUGUAACAGAAACACAGCGCGAGAGGAAAAUCAAAACCUAAAAAUCUACAAAAUCAAAAUAAACAGAGAGAAAAUUCUCUCUCACUCUUCCUCGAUCUACGCCCAAUCAUCCCAUAAACCUAGAUCUGUUUCACGCGAUUAGCCGAUUGAUUUAUGUGAAUUUCCCCUCCUCCGAUACGUAGCUGCAUCUUGUUUCACAGAUCAUCAUAGAUUUUUGCAAUGGCGGGCUAUAUAAAGGGGAUCAACAGAUCGGCCUCGACGGCGUUCUCGCCCGACGGUGCGUACAUCGCCGCCGGGACGAUGGCGGGGGCGGUGGAUCUGCAAUUCAGCUCCACUGCCAAUCUCGAUAUAUUCGAGCUUGAUUUCGUUUCCGACGAUCGUCAGUUGGUCCUGGCGGGCACUAUUCCGAGCUCUGAGCGAUUCAAUCGGAUUUCUUGGGGGAAAGCCUCCGCCCAAUCGGAGGAGUAUCCACUCGGUCUAAUUGCUGGUGGCCUGGUCGACGGCAACAUUGGGCUUUGGAAUCCUAAGCCCCUGAUCUGUAAAGAAGGUUCCGAUCCAAGUGAGAAUACGUUAGUUACAAAUCUCACAAGACACAAAGGGCCUGUUCGUGGGUUGGAGUUUAAUUCUUUUACUCCAAACAUUAUUGCUUCUGGUGCCGAUGAAGGCGAUAUUUGUAUUUGGGAUAUAAACAAACCAGCAGAGCAUAAUCUUUCUCCACCACUGAAGGGUAACGGAUCUGCAUCACAAGGUGAAAUUUCAUUUUUGUCCUGGAACAGCAAGGUUCAUCAUAUCCUGGCAUCCACUUCAUAUAACGGGACAACUGUGGUGUGGGAUCUGAAGAAGCAAAAGCCAGUUAUAAGUUUCUCGGAUCCAGUUAGAAGGAGGUGCUCUGUUUUGCAGUGGAAUCCCGAUGUUGCAACUCAGCUUAUUGUUGCUUCUGAUGAUGAUGUGUCACCUUCUCUCAGCAUGUGGGAUAUGCGGAAUAUAAUGACUCCAGUGAAAGAGUUUGUAGGACACACCAAAGGUGAAUUAUCUGUGUUCUUAUGUGCCAUGUCUUGUGUUCUUGUAUUAUAUAUAGCACCUCUGAGGGCCCCAAAGUGGUACAAGAGAAAAGCUGGAGUUUCAUUUGGCUUUGGUGGGAAGCUCAUUUCAUUUAAUUCUGCUGAACAACCUGCUGGAUCUUCAGAGGUCUUUGUGCACAAUUUAGUCACUGAACAUGGUUUGAUUAGUCGAUCUUCUGAGUUUGAAAAGGAAAUACAAAAUGGGGAUAAAUCAGCUCUAAAACUCUUAUGUGAAAGGAAAUCUCAAGAAUCUGAAUCUGAAGACGAACGAGAAACAUGGGGCUUCAUGAAGGUUAUGUUCAAUGAGGAUGGAACUGCACGGUCAAAGCUGCUUUCCCAUCUUGGUUUCAGUCAGCCUAUUGAAGAAAGCAAGUCUGAGCAGAAUGAUCUUGCAGAGCAGGUUGAAGAUCUUAGUCUUGAUGAGAGUAAAACUAUUAAAACAGGUGUUUCUGGGUACAGAGAAUCUGCCUUGUUUGCAACUGACAAUGGGGAAGAUUUCUUUAACAAUUUACCUAGCCCCAAGGCAGAUACACCUGUGGCUAAUUCCAAGGGCGAAGUUGUAGGAGACGCUGUAAAAGAAUCCCAUCAAGAAAUUGACGGACUGGAGGAGAGUUCUGACCCUUCAUUUGAUGAUGCUGUCCAACGUGCUUUAAUUGUUGGUGAUUACAAGGGGGCAGUUGCACAGUGCAUUUCUGCCAACCGUUUGGCAGAUGCCUUGGUCAUAUCUCAUGUUGGUGGUACUUCAUUGUGGGAGAGCACACGUGACCAGUACCUCAAGACAAGUCGCUCUCCCUACCUGAAGGUUGUUUCUGCAAUGGUAAACAAUGACUUAAUGAGCAUAGCAAACACCAGACCUCUGAAAUCGUGGAAGGAAACCCUUGCUCUCUUUUGUACUUUUGCACCAACAGAUGAGUGGACGCUAUUAUGUGACACUCUUGCUGCUAAACUCAUGUCUGCUGGUGAUACAACUGCCGCAACUCUAUGUUAUAUCUGUGCUGGAAACAUAGACAAAACUGUCGAAAUUUGGUCGAAGAAUCUGUCAGCAGAACAUGAUGGAAAGUCCUAUGUAGACCGUCUCCAGGAUUUAAUGGAGAAGACUAUCGUCUUUGCUUUGGCUUCUGGGCAAAAGCGAUUUAGUGACUCACUGUGUAAGCUAGUUGAGAAAUAUUCUGAAAUAUUAGCAAGUCAAGGGCUUUUAACUACGGCGAUGGAGUACUUAAAUCUUCUGGGGACUGAAGAAUUGUCUACUGAAAUCACUAUCUUGCGUGAGCGUAUUGCUCGUUCAACUGAGCCAGAGAAAGAGAUUGUGAAUACAGCAACUUAUGAUAAUAGUCACUCUCAAGUGGGAGCUGUAUAUGAUAAUAGUUACAGUGGUGUUGGCACUUCUCAACAUUAUUAUCAGGAUACUCGAGCAUCCCAUAUCCCACCAACCAAUGCGAGCAGUCAGUAUGAUAAUUAUCAGCAGGCAACACCUGCUGUUUCAUAUAGAAGUGCUUAUAAUGCUCCUCCUACUUAUCAGCCAGUUGCACAGUCUAAUACUCCUACGCCUCCUAUGUUUGUCCCUUCUCCUGUAACUACAGCUCCAGUGGGAAACUUUCUUCCUCCACCUGUUAAUGCUCCGCCUCCUGCGAAAUUUAUUCCCUCAACCCCUCCAUUAUUGAGAAACGCAGAGCAAUAUCAGCAGCCAUCAACUUUGGGUUCUCAGUUAUAUCCAGGGGCUGCUAACACUGGUUAUCAAGCUGGCCCUCAGGGUAUGCCUGCAUAUGGUGGUAACACAUCUCAAGUGGGACCAACUACUAGGCAAGUUAUGUCCCAGGUUGUGGCUCCUACCCCACCUUCUACAGGAUUCAUGCCAAUUGGCAAUUCAGGGGCUCAAAGACCUGGCAUGAAUCCAGUGCAACCUUCUAGUCCUUCUCCACCAGUUGCUAUGCAACCACCAGUUACUCCUGCUGCUCCCCCUCCUACAGUGCAGACUGUUGAUACGUCAAAUGUUCCUGCACAACAGAAGCCUGUCAUUGCAACGCUAACUAGACUCUUUAACGAGACAAGUGAAGCAUUGGGCGGAUCGCGGGCGAAUCCAGCUAAGAAGAGAGAAAUAGAGGACAACUCAAAGAAGUUAGGCGCCUUGUUUGCAAAACUUAAUAGUGGAGACAUAUCUAGAAAUGCUGCAGAAAAGCUCGUACAGCUUUGUCAUGCACUGGACAAUGGUGAUUUUUCCACUGCCCUUCAGAUCCAGGUUAUCCUCACAACAAGUGAUUGGGAUGAAUGCAACUUCUGGUUAGCAACACUGAAAAGAAUGAUCAAGACCAGACAGAACUUAAGAUAAAUUAUUCGAGCGUGAGUACUUGUGAUGUAGCAUCAAAUUGUAGUCGUUGGUUCACGUUCAAGUGAGAGGUCUGUACACAAGAAUUUAUAUACAGGUUCUUGUUUUUACUCUUUCGGGACAUGUCAACUUUUUGGUUCAAUUUGAUUGGAUUCUUUGAUAACAACUCCAACGUUAGAUGGUUUUACAGAGCCAAGAGUAUUUCUUUUCUGUUUUGGGAAAUUAUAUCCAGAUAAUAUAUUUAGCGUUGAGAUGUAGAUUACUCUUUUAAUUAAUUCAAGCACAGCGCACUGUUGUAAUUUUGUUCAA